UGUUCAGAGAGCAGCGCGAUCAUUCCGUUCCCGGCCCCUGUCGGGUGCGAGUUCUCUAGGAAGUGGUGUUGUGCUUAUUUCGUGUGUCGCGAACAAAGAGCCGAUUCGACGCGGCCUCGUGGUGCUCGAUCUUAGCCUAAGGAAAUGCCCCUCAGCCGGGACAAAAUUCCGACUUCGUUUCAUCACCGGCACCGAUCGCCUCGGCCUUGAAGGGCCAAAGAACGAUGGCGGCCUGCCAUCCCCGACCGCCCCUUCAGCACUUGCAGCAUCCACAGCUUCAGGAGCCGAAUGCCGUUAGCGUUGGGGUUGGUCUCGGCCUAGGAAACAUUGGUACCCAGUCCCAGGUUACUUCCCAGCAGCCACACUAUCCACCGCAUCUUUUGAACUGGGUCUACUUGGCGAUUGCCGAUCAGAAUUCUCCCCAGCCCCCGGAGCAGACUGCAGUGCGGAGCAACAAACUUCUCCCAGCAGUAUGGGGAAACUUCCCGACUGCGGCGUCUCAGACCUAUUUACACCAAAAUGCUGUCAGUCCUGGAGCGCCGAUAGGACCCGGAAGCUUAGCUGACAGCAUCGGCGAUUUAGCUGAACAUUUUACGGAACUUGGCCUUUUAGAGCGAAAACCUACCAAGAGGCCACCGUCCACCUAUCUGUGUCACUUGUGUUUCAAGAAAGGCCACUACAUCAAAGACUGCCCGCAGGCACGGCCCAAGGGCGAGGGCUUGACGCCUUAUCAGGGCAAAAAGAGAUGCUUCGGAGAGUACAAAUGCCCUAAAUGCAAACGCAAGUGGAUGUCAGGAAACAGUUGGGCCAAUAUGGGGCAGGAAUGCAUCAAAUGUCACAUUAACGUCUAUCCACACAAGCAGGUGAGUCUCGGGGUGGCAUCUGCAGCUACAUCCCCGUCUCACGUGCUGCUCUCACCCUCGCCCUCCCUAUAUCGCCCGCUGGAAAAACCUGAUGGUCUCGACGUCUCCGAUCAAAGCAAGGUGCACCCGCAACAUCUUUGUGAAAAAUGCAAGACACUAGGAUAUUAUUGCCGACGUGUGCAAUAAUUACUUACUGCACUAUUUGUUUACACAUUCGUACCUUAACGUUCGUGUACUUAUAAUGCCAUGGAUUUCUAUACUUACAAGGGAUACGUAACUGAAACCGUGAAGGUUUCAUAAGCAGGAUGAAAUUUAAUACAAGAAUAUUAUUUCGAGCGCUCUUUGGCAUAAAUUCUAAACACCGACGAGUUCUGGUGUAAAAUUAUAAAUCCUUUUUUUUUCAUAGCCACUGUAACAUUUCCUGUUGCUUGUUCAAUGAUCAUCAAAUAAGUAGUCACGUUAUUGUGCCAGCAUAUUACCUAUCCCUUUUAGUUAUAACUUGUAAAUCUACGCUUAAAUUAAACAUAGUGGGAAGGGGCAGUUGAUCUUAUAUUUGUUAUUUCUGGCACUAUUUAUAGCCCAGCUAAGAUUAGAGAACCAUAGGAACUCCGAAGAGGAGGCAAGAUGCUUCGGUAAGCUAUUUACGUAUACUGACUGGUUUGUAUUAAAUAAGAAGGAACCAAUCGAGUAUUUACCUACUUGGAAAAUUUCAAGUCAUUUGCAACAUUAACAAAUAAAAAUUCCAUACAGAAAUUCAUACCAAAUUAUUAAAUUUAUAUCAGGGGUGAGAUUGGUAAAGUAAAGUCUAACCCGCGGAUCUCUAUGUUCUGUAUAAACUGGGUCCGGUCCGCGGGCCACGUAAUCUGUAUAAAUUUGUAUUAAUCAAUAUUUUAUACAUAUAUAUAUUUAUAUAUAUUUUGAGUUGUAUAUGUUAUAUAAUCAUAUUCUGUAUAAUUAUUUACUCACCAAGUGCCAUGACAAAGAGAACUUUAUAUACAAAGAAUUAUUAUUGUGUAAUUAAUGUUGUUAUUAUUAUAUCGCUGUGCCAAAUAUACAAGCCAAAGAUACUGAAAUGUCUAAUCUUUUUUCAUCUUCUUUGAAUACCUACAAAUUUAUUUUAUAGAAGAUGCGAUAAAACUUAAAAUUAACAAUUAUAUGAUACAAUACACGUAAAAAAUGUACAGUUGUCACGGCGUGGUGACGGUGAAAAGACGAUCCGCCGCGG